GUCAAAGGAAGUGAGUUAAUAUGUUGGGUCUUCCAUCUGCUUUUGGAGACACGCACCAGCCUCACUUCCCAAACUAAAGUGAAUGGCAACACGUACCCACCACUUCUACACCACUGCCACAGUCCAUUAAAUGAGUUAGGAGGGGAUUCUUAAAUAGAUUUGCCUAGGGGAGAAGAUUGCCAUGUAUCCGUAUCCAUAUCCAUCCUUUCUCUUGGAGCGUAGAGGUAGAGAGAGAGAGAGAGAGAGAGAAGCUUCUCAUAAUCUCCCUCUCCCUAUCGCUAUCUUGGGUAACUGUUCUUGGGGUCAUCUGCAUCAGUAGAAUGGAUUAGAAGCUGUGGUGGUUAUUAAACGCAUACUACUAACUAGUAAAGGUAAGUCCCUCUUUCUUUUGUGAUAGAACAAGUCAGACGGAAAGGAAGUAGUUAGUUGGCGGUGGCAAUUUGGGUUCCGCCAAGUCCCUCUGUGAUGGAAUGAUCAUGAUGCUUUAGAAUUGGCUCAAGAUAGGGUGCAUAACCAUGGUUAUGCACCCAUCAAUAACCAAAUCUAGACCCUUCAUUUAGAAAAUCCAGAUCUAAGGAUGGAGAAUUAAAGAUCAUUUUUAUUUUUCCUAACGUUCUUAAUCAGCUCAUAUCUUCUUCGUUUUAACUCGAAUUUUAAUUUUUUUUGCACAGAUGGAACGAGUUCAUCGUGCUCUACAAAAUGAUAUAUAUUUUUAGUAUUUUUUGAGAAAAAAAUUCUUUCCUCUCGAUACCAACUGCAUACCAUAUGGUAUCUUUUCGUUUUUAAUUCGUUUUUGAAAACGUUUGCACAGAAGGGACGAGUUCAUCAUGAUCUAUUGGAUCUACAAAUUUCUAGGUGAACAAAUUACAGGACCAAAAAAUAUCACACAAUAUCACUCUGGUACGCGGUGGUAUCUUAUGGUACACAAUGUUAAAAUUCGUAAAUAACAAUUAAUAUACUUCUACUAUCAUGUAUUCAAUCAUCCUACAGUCUUGGUUUGUUCAUACCACCAUGGUACGUUUUUCAAACCAUAGGUAUGCUCUUAUUUCAAUACCAGUCAAUACCAUAUGGUAUAGACUAGUGAAAAAUGGCUCAAUUUUUUUUGUUCGAAAAAUAUAUCAAAGUGGAUAUUAUUUUGAAGAGCAUAAUUAAUCUGAUCUAAUUGUGCAAAAAAAAAAAUUAAAUUUCGACUUAAAACGAGUGAGAAAUCGUCCGUCAAAGAUUAAGAAGGGGAAAAUUAAAGGCUUUCCAUGAGAGAGAGGGAUGCUAAUGUCAUGCUGAUGUGGACGGGUUACUCACCAUAAUGUUACUCACCUGAUCUGUUCCCUUUAGAAUUAUAGGUGAGGGAAUUAUAUGUCCAAAUUUUGUCAUGCAUAGUGGUUAUAUAUGUGAAUACCAGUACACUCGUUCAGGACAGGGGUCAAGCAACUAAUUGGGUAAUUAAAAUAUCAUGGAUUUAAGGCUAGUGAGUUGUGUAUGCGUGUGAUAAUGGUAUAUAUAUGCAUGGAUUUUUAAUGGGGUUCUCUGGAAAGAGUUAGUGUACAACAAUACAGGGUGUCAACAGUAUCAUUUAUAGCUGAAAAGUAAAACUGCAAGCCCCAUUCAAAUUUCCCUGCCCGUAGAGCGAAUGUAGGAGUCUGACGUGGCAGAGCAUUUAGGUGGGAUUAAUGUAAAUAUUUCGCCGACUGCAACCGUCGUUCUUCCUCUGCGUUUUUCUUUGGAACGUUCCUCCUUCCUCUUUCUAUGUUCUUCUUGCAUCUGAAAGCACCGAAAUAGCCUCAAACUGCCUCCAAUCUCCCCGCAUCUGCUUCUAACGCACGUGUACCCAACACCCAAUGCCGACAAAAAAAUCCCCAAUUUCAAACAAUUGAUAACCGAAAUCCCUAAUUAUAAGUGUUGGGUGCUAGCGAAAAAGUAGUGGGUUUAGGAUCGAAAUUUCAGAGGAUUUUAUUACACCGAAUAUUUUUACAAGUGUUCACUCUCACACUUUAGGCAGUAUUGCCAUAUACCUCACCAAGAGCUUAUGCUCUUCUACUCUCUCAAUGCUCUUUUAAUUUUCUUCCUUCACUCUCUCUACUUUGCUUCUUGCUAUUUCUCACCUCACUACAGCUCAUACCACCAUCACUUAUUUAUACAUGUUCAUUACCGCCAUAGGAAAGAUCUAGGGACAGCAUUAAUUGAUUUGGUAGGACCGACUUGCUUGAGAUAAUCUUCAUCCAUUAUCUGCGGCAAACCUUGUCCAUUGUAUUAAUUAUAGGUCCAGCUGUUAGAGAUUGAUGUGACCAACUUAGAGCUGCGGUUGUGCUUGGAUCCAUGUAAUAAUUAUAUGUUUAUCUCUUUGCUGACUUAGAAUUGCAGCAUACCAUGUCCUCUUUUGCUUCAGGUUUUUCACGUGCAACAUUUGGGCAAGUCCACAAGAUUCUAGAAUUGCAAAUUAUAUUUGACAAUAAGAAAGUCGACGGUGCCACUCGCUAACGGAAGUCCUUGGGAGUGGGGAGAUCGCACAUGGGAGUGCAAGCGGCCGAUCUCGUCGGCGAAGAGGUUGUCGACGUGCGAGGCUUUGAUCUCCGCCGACAAGCACAACUCAUUGGCAGCUGGCAGACUGGGUACCUUCGAACCCAAUUGGCCGCUCUGUUUGAACACCCACCACCUGCCAUUUCUAAUUUCGGCACUAUUCUUGAGCCAAAGUCAUUGUCGCAUUCUACGAUGUCAUCAAUACCAAACGUCAGGUAAACUUUUCUAUUCUGAGCCUUUCGUUCGUAUUCUUCUUUCCCAAUUUCAUUUGACGGACUACUAGUGAUGGCUUUACCGCUUUUUAUAAUUCUAUUUAAAAACAAAAUCUUCACACAUAGAGUGGUAGAAGUGCUGAACCCGGAUGAGGAUUAGGUGUGGAUCCACGAUGACAUAUCUUGCUCCUCCCUACUUUUCUCCGGAAAAAGUACCACAGAGUGAAAUUAGGUUUCUUUCUUCACAUCCCAUUUCCUUACUCGGAAAUCUAUAGGAUGAUUCCGGUGAGGGAGGAGACUCUCCAGGCCUUGCUCAAUUGCUAUUUGGUAGGGUUCCAUACAUUCGAUUACGCCCGCCAUUUCUUGUCCUGCUGUAUCGGAAUGUUGGGACUAGAUUACGAGUUGAAGAGAGGGUAUAUCGGAUUGGAGUAUUUUGGGUGAACUGUGAGUAUCAAAAUCCUGCAGGUGGCGAUUCACAUGGGCCAACUGGAAUCGCAUCUGAACGGCGGGGUGAUUGUGGAGAAGGUGAAGGAGCUGAAAGAGGUUCAAAGGGAAGACUUUGAUUGUUGGGGUUGACGAUUUGGAUAUCUUCAAAGGGACCAGCCUUAAGUUUCUGGCAAUGGGGAGAUUGCUAGAUCAUAAUCCGGAUUUGAGAAGCAGCAUGGUGCUGGUCCAGAUUUUCAAUCUGGGAGGGAGAAAGGGAAAGAUGUGAGAGGACGAGACCUUGUCAGUGGCGAAUUCGGUGAAUCUAACAACAGGUAUGCUUUGGAAACCCUAAACUUGUAUUCUCAUUGAUUCAGUUUGAUCUUAUACACAUGGUUUGUUCAUUACAGGACAAAUGUCUAUAGCUGUAAUUGACAGAGAAGAAGUACGAAAUGCAGAACAAGGAGGGAAUAGAGAUUGAGCAAAUGAAAGAGACGUUGUGGCCUCAGGGCACAACGACGACGUCUUGGUCUUUCAGCUACGGCAACGUUCUUUCAGCUACGACAGCGUUUCGACUAUCUUCAAGCCCUUUAGUUGAGACGGCAUCAUUCCAGGUGACUCUUGCUUCGCUUUGUGACACGCUAAAACACAACACCAAACGGCGACCAAGUGUAAUCGCAAUCCGGAAAUGCAGUACAGGCAAGCUCUAAUUGUCAACCCGGAGUCUAGAUUUACUGCCUACUCCGUGAAUAUCUAUUAUCUAGCAAACUAAGUCGAGUGAUUGUGAUUUUAAGCAAAAACAGUAAAAAAGCAGGAAAUGGUUCGGUUUUCUAAAGCAAGGGAAGAGUCACUUGGGAAUGAGUCCCCCUAGCUUCUUAGUUAGGUCACAGUUGUAAUUACCCUGGGUUGAUUAACUGUUGAUUAAACUGCGGAAGAUCCGACAGUAGCUUGCAAUCUCUUAAGCUGACCAAGCCCUCUCAGUCCAACUACCCGGCAGACGACUAGUCCUCACCGGGAUAGAAAGUUGAGGCUAUGAACACAGAACUCCAGUACUGGAAUUGGAUUCUAGUACAAAACAGUAAAUCGAUUAACUCUCGUAUAAUCAAUCUACCACUACUGAUUGAUGAAGCUCUAACAACCUAAUCAGAUUCUAUCUAUCUCAGGUUGCAGCAGAAAUCAAGAAAAGAUGAUCAGACUUCAAUUGACUCAAUGAAUCGUGCAUCAAUCGAUUAGAAUCAAACAGUAUAACAUUCUCAAGUCAUUACAAUCAAGAUCCCUAAUACAUGGAACUAGAGUUCUUCAUACCCAAGUGAGAGAAAGUUCUACUCCAUAGAGAGAGGGAGGAAAACAGAAAUCAGAGUAGUCAUACUCACAAAGAUGAGGAAAAUCUGCUCUGGGAUGUCAAUCUUCACUCCUGGGGAUGCAAUAUGGGCUUCAAUGGUGAGAAAUACACUCCAAAUAGCUCCUAGGGUUUGUUUUUUGCACUUUCUCUCUCUAAAACUCUGUUUUUGCUCUAAAAAGUCGACCCCCUCUCCUUUGGCUCGAAUCUGCCUCAAAAACCCGAUUCUAGGCAAAAUACGGGCUGAAUUACGGUCGUAAUCAUGGUCUACCCGUAAAUCACCCAAAACGCGCGUUUCACUUAACUCAGAAGAAGGGAAUCACGGUCGUAAUCACCCAAUUACUGCCAGUAAUUGAGCAAUUACGAUCGUAAAUGCUUUUACUCUUGCCCGUAAUUUGUUUUGCGACAUGAAUUUUCAGGUAUUUGGUUCAGCAUUGCAUUUACGGGCAUGACAGAAGCAAUUACGCCCGUAAAUGGGCACGGGCUGCCCGUAAUUUGCAUCUUGAAUCGCCAACUGACCUCCAAAUGACCCGAAACUUGCGCUUAUGCACCUUUUUACUUGCUAGGACCAGAAAUACGACAAAACAACACAACCUAGCAUAAAAUAGGCCAAGGAACAAUAAAUUCGAGCUAAAAUGGUCAGGAAACAAGAGUGAAAAUAUGUGCAAAUACGACGCUGUCAAAUUCCCCCACACUUAACCGUUUGCUUGUCCCCAAGCAAACCAAAUCAGAUACAAGGUAAGCUCGAAACAUCUCAAUCAUGCAACCCUUCAGGACAUAUCACAUAGGUAUGAAACACGGGAAUCAUACUGGCUUUCAAACAUCAACACAUGAACAACUUCAAUAGCAACCUGGACAACCACCACAGAGGACAUUCGAGUGCAGAAAAAUUGGGUAAAGGAGGAGUCUCCCUUCUGUUCAUCAACCAACAUAGACUUGACUCAACCACUUACUCAAGACAGUCACCUCAUGCACAAAACUCAAGAUAUCAGAAUUAAGACCGAGCAAUCUAGGUCAUCACCGGGGUAAAGAGUAUAGAUAAUAUGAGAAAAUGAAUCGCUCACUCUCGA